AUGAUUGUAUAAAGAGGUUUACUUAGAUUAUUAGCUGCCAAGAACUGUUAAGCACUUAGAUGUUCAUUUUCCAGUUCUGCUGAACAACCCCAAGAAAAAUUAUUUAAUUUCACUUCCGAACAUAUCGUCACAAAGGAUUAAAUUGCAAAAGAUGAACAAUAUUAGGAAUUAGCUUUUAAAUUUGAAAGAGAAUGGUAGAAAAUUCAAAGAGAAACUGAAGAUAAAUAAAGACAAGCUCUUGAUGCUGAAUUGACUCCUGCUUAAAAAAAGAGAGUUGAAUUUAUUGCUGACGCUUUCAUUGAACUUAAUAUUAUGGAAAUUAGAUAUCUCAAUCAUACCCUUAAGGAACGUUUAAUUAAGACUACUGGUCUUUCUCCUCUUAAGGUUAAUAUUGACUGGCCUUCUCUUAAAUAGUUAGAAAACGGUUCCUGGCCUCCUGCUAACCCUAACUGGUUCCUUCAACAAGAAGCUAUUGCCAAGUUAUGGCCUGCUGGUUAAGCUGGUUUAUCAUAAUUAUUCGGUGGUAUGAUGGGUGGUGGUGCCGCUGGUGGCUCUGGUGCCCCUCAAGCUGCUGCCGCCGCUGCUGCUCCUGCUGCUGAAAAGCCUAAGGAAGAAGCUCCUAAGGAGAAACAAAAUUAUGAUGUCGAAUUAUCUGCUAUUGAUGCUGCUUAGAAAAUUAAGAUUAUUAAAGAAGUAAGAACUAUCCUUAACUUAGGUUUAAAGGAAGCUAAGGAUAUGGUCGAAAAGACUCCUUGCAUCCUUAAGUCUGCUUGUAAGAAGGCUGAAGCUGAAGAAUUAAAAGAAAAAUUAGCUGCUAUUGGCUGUACAAUCAAUCUCAUUUGA